UAUAAUUUAAUGAAAUCCUGUGUAAUUUAGUAUUGUUUAUAUGUAAUGUCUUUAUUCGAAACCACUACGCUUGAUUCUACACUUUAUGAAGCAUUAUACCUUCAAAUAGUGGAUAUUUUGACUUUUGCAAAGGAUUUUCUUCAAUCUUGCGUUUCAUCGUUACCCAUAGAAAAUUUGCCGAAAAGUCUUGGAUUUUUUGAUGAUUUUACGUUUUACAACGAUUUGGCUAAAGUUUUCUACUUCAACGAGUUCCAGGUUUUAUUGUUGAAAACGUUUUUGCUCAUACUUUUAUUCACAUUGCUGCUAAUUUUUAUUUCUUGGCGAGUAUACGGCUCACGAAUUUCUGAGCGGUUUAUUAAGCCGGCCACAUCAGCAACAAUUGCACAGUUGAAAGAAAGUGUAUCAAAACUAAAACUACCUAAAGAACAUACACCAAGGAUAUAAAAAUGGCUGAAAAGAUAAAGAACUUCUUUAAAAAGAAGAAGGUUGAUGCCAAAUUUAAACUCGCAGGUCCUGGUCAUAAAUUGAGUGAAUCAACUAUAAAUAGUCAGAGCUCCACUUCAAGAAAGGAAGCUCCAUUGCCAGCAAGGUCUGGUCUGACAGAGGAAAGUAAAGUGGCAGCCGAAGCAGCAUUGGCCAGGCUGCAGCAGACCAGGGAUAAUCCUGCAUUUAAUACUUCACUUGCUGCUGUUAAGGCGCAAGUUAAAAGAGAGUUGGAAAACGAGGCAGCGGGGAAUUCGAAAACAGCAGCAGAAAUUAAAGCAGUUAAAGAGGUGCCAGAGAAUGAUAUUGAUGUACCUAAAAACUAUGCAGCUUCUGGUGUGUUUUUCAAAUGUCCAUUGAUUAGUAAUGACAUAUUACCGAGGGAUGAGUGGAAAUGUAACAUUAAGAAGUUCCUCUACGAGCAGCUUGAAGAGGAGAGAGGGCUGACGGCCUGUCUAAUUAUUCAUUCCUGUAACCAUAAUAGGGAAAAGAUCGAGACCUGUAUAGAAACGCUUUGCAAAUACUUGGAGAACAUUGUUACACAUCCGGAUGAAGAAAAAUAUCAGAAAAUUAGAAUGUCGAAUAGGGCUUUCAAUGAUAGAGUACUUCCAAUAGAGGGUGCUUUGGAUUUCUUGUUGGCUUCUGGAUUUGCACAAACUAAACUGAGCAAUGCAGAGGGCGUUGAAGAGGAUUAUUUAGUAUUUAAUAAAGAUAAUGUGGCUUCCAUUGAGGAUUUAACAACGCUGAUAGAUGCUCUCAGAACGGCUGAACCGAUUCAGUUAGAACUGGACAGGAACUUGCAAGUACUCCUUCCAUCGCAGGCGGCCUCUAAGGUGCAACUCCCACCAUCUUUCUACGCCCUCUCUCCUGAAGAGAUCAAGAGAGAGCAUCAGUUACGAGCGGAAGCCAUAGAAAGAUCCCAGAUGUUGCGGACAAAGGCGAUGCGAGAGAAAGAUGAGCUCAGAGAGAUGAGAAAAUACAAGUUUGCGAUUGUACGUGUGAGGUUUCCCGACGGAAUACUGCUGCAAGGGACAUUUUCAGUGUACGAACGCUACAUUGAAAUAGAAGAAUUUGUUCGAGAAAAUUUGGAACUAGACUUACCAUUUACGCUAAUCACCCCUACGGGCCAAAAGCUCUCGCUAGAAGAAGACGCGAAUAGCAACCUUAUUGAUCUUAAAUUAGUACCGACCAGUGUGCUCAAUUUCGCGUGGCAUCCGUCCGUAUUGGAUGAAAUAAGUAGUAGUCCGAAUAAAGAUGUGUACUUAAAGCCAGAAGUUAUGGUCCUUGUGCAAGAGAUUUAAGAGGAAACAUUACUGGCCAUUUUUCAACUAUUCUCCUUGGUUUCUUACUCUACAUCAAAACUAUUUCCAAAUUAGAUCAUUAUAUGUUUCUGAUUUGCUUUUUUUAAUAUUUUUCUUUUUGUAAGUGCUUCAAAAAGUCACUAGCAAGGCCACAAAUAGAUGCCUAAUAUAUAAACAACAAAAAAUCAAAACAGUCUCACACAGAAUAUUCCCCCCUAUUUAGUUUCCAAAACUUCGUUGAGGUUGAUUUUUUUUUGUUGUUGGAAAUUGCCGAGAGCGAAAUCUUGAGUUUUCAGAUUUUAUGUCGGAGCUUGUCUAUAUCACACUGAUCAUUGUCUCACCUGUGUUAGCGGACAGUAUGUUGUUUUACAGUUCUGAAAAAGCCCUCAGCUUGUUUCCUCUUAAGUACCUAUUGUAUUAUAUUGUUACUAUUAUAUAUCUUGUAUAUACAAAUAUAACACUGAUUUUAACUCUUGUCCAUUAGUCCAUUGGUUAAACACGCAUCUUAAAUUGUGAUAUUUUCACAGUGCACAUCAUACUUUAAGACAUCUUGAGUACCACCAUUCACUUCAAACGAAACACAAACAAGCUCUAGUAUACAGUAGUAAGACAGAAAUAAAUGUGGGGGCAGUUUCCCCCAUUUCUCCCUACAUAUUGUAUGCUACUUCUCAGUUUUUGGACCACGGAAUAUUGACAAAUUUUGAAGUCGAAAGAAAGUUUAAAAAAAUAAAAUAAAAUUGUCUUACAUGAAUCGAAAUAAUGUAAUACAUAGUAAGUUUCAAGGACAACCUACUAUGGAAUGAGUGUGGACUGACAUUAACACUGCAGUGAUUCUGGCAUUGCAAGAGAAUAUGGGUGAUAACUGGUAUGUGGUCAAUGCUAGAUUGUCGUUUUUUUCUAUAAGAAAAUCAAUUUGAAAUAUUGUAUAGGUUACAAAAUCAGAUUAAAAAAGCUUUCGUUCACUAUAAUUAGUGAUAACAUUCUUAAACUAAAACUAAUAAGUAUUGUUAUAAAAGAUCUCUAUUGCAUAAUUAACCUUUAUUUUGUUAUAUUACUAUUACCUAACUUUUACAUAUUUUACCUUAACUAUGAACACAAAUUAUAAACUGCAUUUUAGUGUUAGUAAUAAAAAUCAGGAAAUAAUUUGCUAUAUGUUGUCUGUUAAACGAAAAUAAUAAGUUUAGUCACAUGUUUAUUGAAGGUAUAAGUUUGUAUACUAUAAUUACUAUAUGAAUUCCUAUGUACUUUAAUAUUUAUUUUAAAUAAAGUAUAUUAUAGUUA